CGUUGCAUAUUUCGUUCUCUCUCUCUCUCUCUCGCAGUGGCGCCAUGGACGAGAAACAAGGCAGCUCCGGAUGCGGCCAGAAAAAUGGCAACUGCAACAAUAGCAUCGAUGCGUUGUUGGACAAGCAAAGCGGAGAGAGGCGCAACGUGGCUCAUCAAAUGCCCUCACCUCAUCUAUACCUCUCUCCAAUCUCCACCCGAUGACUCCGACCCUUCUCGCCCCGUUGCCAAAGUUGUCCUCUCCGUCGACCCCCUCCACUCCAAGGACGACAACUCCACCACUGAGUUCACAAUGGAAUUGGCUGGCACUGAAUCUGGAAAAUUUCCCAAGUCUUACUCUAUGGAUAUGUCUGAAGCUGGCUUGGUCGUUCCAAUGUUGGUGUUUUCUGAGUCAUCACAAGCUGGGAAGUGUUGUGUGGAAGGAAAAAUACUGAACAAACUUGGCAUGAUGAGGCCCCAUGACAAGGAUAUUGAAAACUAUGGGAAACUCUAGAUCCGUGAAAGGUUGAAUUAAUACUUCCUCCAGGUGAUCGGCAAUGACGAUUGGGUUCAUAUGAGGCGGCCAAUGCCAGGGAUGCAGCUUGGAUACUUUGCUCUUCAAUAG